AAGAGUCGCUCUGUUGCUGAUUUCCUGCAUCUUUCUGCAUUUGCUGCCACCUGCUGGUUGAUUCUCCAUCCUGCACGGUCCUUAACUCACGCCAACUCUCUGGUUUUGACCCAUUAACGAAUAAAUGAAGUUUAAAAGGCUAACCCAGAAAAAGCAGCAGGUGUGGAAUUUCCAUGUUUCCAUGGUUACAGCUCAGCAUUUAGAUUUCUGCAGUAAAAUAACAACUUUCCCUCAAAGCUUCAAGCAGCAGGAAAAGUUUGAUCUGGAGAAUUAUUGGAUCUGUGCUCUGGAUUCAUUGAUUGAGCGUUGAGAGUGGCUGGGAACCCACCAAACAUCAGACAAAACUUCGGCUUCAUCCAGAAGAUCACUCAGCUUCUCCUGAAGAUGGACGCCUCCUCUUCCUCCUCCUCCUCCUCCCCCUCCUCCUCCCACAUGCACCUUCCAGACGACUCUGAGACGAUGGAGGACUUAGAGCAGGAUGUGUUCUUCUCCGUCCUGGAGGGGAUCACCCAGGAAGACCUGGACUUUUCUGUUCCUCCUCUCACACCUUCUCCUCCUCCUCCCAUUGUUUCUCCUCCCACACUUUAUGCUCCUCCUCCCAUUUUUCUUCCUCCUACAUAUUCUCCUCCUCCUCCUCCUUCUCCUCCCAUUUUUCCUCCUCCUACAACUUCUUCUCCUCCUCCCACACUUUAUCCUCCUCCUCCCAUUUUUCUGCCUCCUCCACAUUCCUCUCCACCACCUCCUAUUGUUCCUCCCCCUGCACCUUCUCCCUCCCAUUCUCCUCCUACACCUUAUCCCCCUCCUCCUCCUCCUCCUCCCAUUGUUCCUCCUUCUCCUCCUCCCAUUGCUCCUCCUCCCAUUGCUCCUCCUCCUUCUCCCAUUUUUCCUUCUCCUACACCUUGUCCUCCUCCCAUUGUUCCUCCUCCCACACCUCCUCCUCCUCCCAUUGUUCCUCCUCCUUCUCCCAUUUUUCCUUCUCCUUCACCUUGUCCUCCUCCCACUGUUCCUCCUCCCACAUCUCCUCCUCCCAUUGUUCCUCCUCCCACACCUCAUCCGCCUCCCAUUGUUCCUCCUCCUCCUCAGGGACAGAUGUCCAACACACCAGCGGUAACGCUGUCUGGAGCCAUUAUAAUUCAGCCUGUAGGGAUCCUGUCAGUGAAACACAUCAUUAUGAACACAAAGUCUUUGUUUGGAUGUUCUCACCUGUUGUGUCUGUUCUCUGUGCAGAGAUGGAGAGGUCCUCCAUAGACUCGUCUUAUACGUGCCACAAAGUCCACCAAAUACCUAAAUAAAACCUUUAAAUCCUUUA